UUUCAUCAUCCACCGAUCUAUCUGUCUACUACAACAAUCGCCGAAGAAUAACGAACCCCUCGUUCUCGCUCCGUACUCCAUUCCACGAAUUCAGUGUAAAUAUUGUCGGACAACUCGAUCGCGAUAGCAAACAGACUCGAAAAGAAAAGAGUGCCACGUCAUCAUACCUACCAAGCCAUCUAGGCAAUCCUUCAAGAUGGCCGUCGCCUCGAUACAAGACCGCACGGCCGAGUUCCGUUCCGUGUUAACACAAGUUCAAAGGCGACAGGCUUCAUCCAAAGUUGGCGCUCAGAGAAGAUCAUUGUUGACGGACUCGCAAAAGGCUGCUGCCAAUGGCGACGCGCAACCACAUCGAAGAUCGGAAUUCGCUAGGCGCGCCGCUGAGAUAGGGCGCGGGAUUGCUGCCACAAUGGGGAAAUUGGAAAAGUUGGCGCAGUUAGCGAAGCGCAAGACACUAUUUGACGACCGACCGAUCGAGAUAAACGAACUUACCUUCAUAAUAAAACAGGAUCUUUCUUCCCUAAACCAACAGAUCGGCGGCUUACAGACAUUGACGCGACAACAACACCCGAAAGCGGAUCAAGAGGGCGAACACAAUAAGAAUAUUGUCUUGAUGUUGCAAGGAAAGCUUAGCGAUGUGGGUGCCAAUUUCAAGGACGUACUCGAAGUACGAACCAAGAACAUCCAGGCAUCGCGAUCACGCACCGAAAACUUCAUUUCUUCCGUCUCGCAACAUGCAUCAACUUCUACACUCCAACAGUCCGCAUCCCCAUUAUAUGGAACACCGAAUCGAGGUACACCAUCGCCGGGCGCGGAUUUAUUAUCGCUAAAUCCGGUGGGUGACCAGCAGAUGUUGAUGAUGGAGGAAGCGGCGCCACAGAAUUCCUACAUACAACAGCGAGGCGAGGCGAUUGAGGCAAUAGAGAAAACCAUUGGCGAGUUAGGAUCUAUCUUUGGACAAUUGGCGCAGAUGGUAUCAGAGCAGAGCGAGAUGAUUCAGCGUAUUGACGCAAACACCGAGGAUGUGGUCGAUAACGUACAAGGCGCCCAACGCGAGUUGCUGAAGUAUUGGUCGAGAGUUUCGAGUAACCGAUGGUUAAUCGCCCAGAUGUUCGGUGUACUAAUGAUAUUCUUCUUGUUAUGGGUCCUGAUCGCGGGUUAAAACCGACGAGGUCAAACGACGAGAUGAAAUCUAUAGUAGCGACGCUGGUGUACUACUACUACAAUUACUAUUCCCUCUAUUCUUC